AUGGCUGCCGCUCUGCCGCUCCCGCCGCUGCCGCUGCGCUUCCGGGGCACGGCCUGGGCGGAGCCACUUCCGGGUCGCGGCGAGGGGGGCGGCCAAUGGGAGCGCGAAGCCGACCCCGAGGGCCGCCGGGAGCGCUCCUGGGACGGGGGUGGGGUUCACUGGGGGACGUUUUGGAGGAAUCCAGCCGACCCCCGAGGGGCCGCCGGGAGCGCUCCCGGGACGCCGCCCAGGUGCCGGCGCAGAGCCGCGAGGCCGAGGGUGUUUCGGGCAGCUGGCGCUGGCGCUGCCCCUUCGCGCCGCGGCGUCAGCGCCCACCUGGACAAAGCGUCCAUCAUGCGCCUGACCAUCAGCUACCUGCGCGUGCAGCGCCUGCUGGCCGCGGGCGCGUGGGCGGCGGCGGCGGCCGAGGCGGUGGACGGCUGCUACCUGCAGGCGCUGAGCGGCUUCGUGAUGGUGCUGAGCAGGGCGGGGGACAUGAUUUACCUGUCCGAGAACGUCAGCCGCCUGCUGGGGCUCAGCCAGCUGGAGCUGAUCGGCCACAGCGUGUUCGACUUCGUGCACCCCUGCGACCACGAGGAGCUGCAGGACGUGCUGAGCCCGCGGCAGGGGGGUCCCCGGCGGCGGGGGGGAGCGCUCGGGCCGCAGUUUCUCGCGCUGCGCAUGAAGAGCACCCUGAGCGGGCGCGGGCGCUGCCUCAACCUCAAAGCGGCCCUCCUGGAAGUGCUCAGCAAGGGCCAGGCUGUCACCAGCCAGUACCGGUUCCUGGCCAAGCGCGGGGGGUUCCUGUGGGCGCAGACCCAGGCCACCGUCAUGGGCGGGGGGCGCGCGGCGCCCGAGGGCAUCGUGUGCCUGCACUUCGUGCUCAGCCCGCGUGGAGCAGCGCGGCUGGUGCUGUCCCUGGAGCAGACCCAGGCGCCGCGAUUUGGGGGAGGGGGGCGCCGCCCCGCCGCCCCCCGCCCCCCGCCCCCGCCGGACGCCGUGCUGGACCUGAGCCUCGGUGCUGCACUGCGCGGGGCACAUGCGGACGUACGCGGGGCGGGGGGCGGCGAGCCCCCGCUGCGCUGCCUGGUGCUGAUCUGCGAGGCCAUCGCGCACCCCGGCGCCAUCGAGGCGCCGCUGGGCUCGGGCACCGUGCUCACCCGCCACUCCAUGGACAUGAAGUUCACCUACUGCGACGACAGGAUCGGGGAGGUGGCCGGGUACCACCCCGAGGAGCUCCUGGGCUGUUCCCUCUACGAGUUCGUCCACGCGCUCGACUCCAACACCCUGAGCCGCAGCGUGCACACCCUGCUCAGCAAGGGCCAGGCUGUCACCAGCCAGUACCGGUUCCUGGCCAAGCGCGGGGGGUUCCUGUGGGCGCAGACCCAGGCCACCGUCAUGGGCGGGGGGCGCGCGGCGCCCGAGGGCAUCGUGUGCCUGCACUUCGUGCUCAGCCGCGUGGAGCAGCGCGGGCUGGUGCUGUCCCUGGAGCAGACCCAGCGCCGCGAUUUGGGGAGGGGGCGCCGCCCGCCGCCCCCCGCCCCCCGCCCCGCCGGACGCCGUGCUGGACCUGAGCCUCGGGCUGGGGGUGCCGGGGGUCCCGGGGGGUUGGGGGUGCCGGGGGUCCCGGGGGUCCUGGCCUUCGUGCGCCCCUCCCACGUGCCCGAGGCCGCCCUGCAGAGGGACCCCCGCCGCUUCUGCUCCCCCGAGCUCGUCCGCCUGCUCGCCCCCAUCUUCGACCCCCCCCCGGCGCCCCCCGCCCCCCCGCGCCGCCCCCGCAGCCCCUCCCGGUGA